UUGUGGAUGCGCGCGUGCCGCCGCCUCUCUGGGGCCCGUUUGGUGUUGUCCGUCAUGAGUCAGAGAAAACCCAUGGUCGCGACGAGUUUCGUAAUGAAUUUUCCCUCUCGAUAGAAUAUAAUAAAAAAAAACAUUCAAAGUUUUGUGUUUUUAUCGAGCUAAGAGCAACAAGAAUGGAUGAAAUAUCGACGACAGAGGUUCACCGGUUGUGCAGAAAACAUCCGCCGAAUAAACGAAUAUGGAUCUGAUCAUGUUCAAGCAUUGUCGUCAGUCGUAAGGAGUAUUUUUCACGGUGUUAUCCCCCUUGCAUAUUAUUCGUAUUUCUGUGAUAUCGAAAAGAUAGAAGAUUGCACGAUGGAUCCUGGAAGAAAUAGGCCGAGCAGGCCACGUCUUCGUUCACAUGGCAACUCGGCCCGUGUUCUUGUAUUUGAUCAGACUGAGAAUGAGGAUAGCAGUGGCAAUGGUGAUGGAGAAAAGAAGAGGCAAUUGCCAGAAAGACUCGAGAGCAAAGAGGCACCGGUCCGUGCUGGCGGUACCAAUGAGUUAUCCAACUUGGUUAGGAUGAGGAAUUCUAUUGGAAAGUCUGCACCGUCCUUAUCUAUGCAUAUGCGUGAAUUCAAUAUUCCUCGUCGGGCAGCCAAGGCAGCUCAACGCAAGUCGUUCAUCGCCACAACAUCACCCACAUUGCCACGAUGUCACUCACCAUUGUCAGCGUUUGUGCCCAUCGUAGGAAGCCCACUCGAGAGCCCAAGGAUGCCCUCAAGUCCUCACUUCGCUUUUGCUCCAAUAAAAAGAAUCGGAGGUGGAGCAUCCGGUACUGCUGAUGGAAGACGUUGGUCGGUAGCAAGUCUUCCUUCGAGUGGAUAUGGCACAACCCCCGGCUCCAGCAAUGUCUCAUCGCAGUGCUCGAGCCAAGAGCGACUGCAUCAGUUGCCAAACAUUCCGACUAAGGACGAGCUCAGAAUACUCUCCUGUCAUUUUUCUAAACCUGGCACUCCGUGCUCAUCGCAUCCGGGUUUUCCAGGCUCCAGUAUCUCGAGUAUACCUGGAAGUAUAUCGUUUAGUCUUGAGGAGGAGGGUCGGAGGUCACCGUUACAUCGUCCAAGGUCACGAAGUUUGAGUAGCCCAAGUCGUUCACCAGUUCUCGACAAUGAAAUUGUGAUGAUGAAUACUCUCUACAAAGAACGUUUUCCCAAAGCAACACAACAGAUGGAAGAGCGUCUGACAAAUUUCAUAAACGAAAACAAGGACAUUGAUGAGUACGAGAUUCUCUCCCACCUCGUGGGUGAUUGCCUACCAAUUGUCCGAUUCGUUCAUCAUCAAAUCAUCGAAAUGGCUCGUGAUUGUUUGCAAAAAUCCCAGGAAAAAUUGAUAACAUCGCGUUAUUUCUACGAAAUGACUGAAAGUCUUGAGCAUCUGCUGAUGGAGACCAAGGACAAGUCCCUGGAGGCAGCGACUCGACUGACAGGUCUAAUAAAGAAGCUGUUACUAAUAAUUUCACGACCUGCUCGUCUCCUCGAGUGCCUGGAGUUCGACCCCGAGGAGUUUUAUCAUCUCUUGGAGCAGGCAGAGGGCCAAGCAAAAAUAAACAGCGGCUUGAAAGCUGAUAUUCCUCAGUACAUAAUUAGUAAACUCUCUCUCAACAGAGAUCCUAUAUCAGACCUUCAAGAUGAUUUAAAUAAGUUGGAAGACUCUGCAAGUUCCACUUCCAAUAACGUCCAGAUGUCCUCCUCAAGUCCCAACAAGGAAGACGAUGGAAAAUCUCAGAAAGUGCCCUGUGAGAGUGACUACGAGGUCCUGAAACUAGUCAGCAAUGGUGCCUACGGUGCAGUCUACCUGGUCAAAGAGAAAAGCACUCGUCAACGUUUCGCCAUGAAGAAGAUUAACAAAAAUAAUCUGAUGCUGAGGAAUCAGGUGGACCAGGUGUUCGCUGAGCGUGAUAUCAUGAGUUUCACAGACAAUCCUUUUGUCGUCUCCAUGUACUGCAGCUUUGAAACCAAGAAACAUCUUUGUCUAGUCAUGGAGUACGUGGAGGGUGGUGAUUGUGCGAGUCUACUGAAGAAUAUUGGCCCACUUCCCCCAGACAUGGCUAGAUUCUACUUCGCUGAAACUGUCCUCGCGGUUGAGUAUCUGCACAGCUAUGGAAUCGUUCACAGGGAUCUCAAGCCAGACAACCUUCUGAUCACUGCCCUGGGCCACAUCAAAUUGACGGACUUUGGACUCAGCAAGAUGGGUCUAAUGUCCCUGGCUACGAAUCUCUACGAGGGUUACAUCGAUCGUGACACUCGUCAGUUCUCAGAUAAACAGGUGUUCGGGACCCCUGAGUACAUUGCCCCAGAGGUGAUCCUCAGACAGGGAUAUGGGAAACCUGUGGACUGGUGGUCCAUGGGAAUCAUUCUCUAUGAAUUCCUCAUCGGUUGUGUUCCAUUCUUCGGGGACACGCCGGAGGAGCUGUUUGCCCACACUGUUAAUGAUGAUAUUGAGUGGCCCGACGAGGAGGACUGGCCUGUGCAGAUUGAGGCAAAGGACAUCAUCACAGCUCUUCUCCAGCAGAGUCCCAGGGAACGAUUGGGCACUGGUGGGGCUCAUGAAGUCAAGGAGCAUCCUUACUUCUACGGGGUCAACUGGAAUACUCUGUUGAGGCAAAAGGCUGAGUUUGUCCCUCAAUUGACGCACGACGAGGACACCAGUUACUUCGACACGAGAAUGGACAGGUACAAUCAUGAUCUUGGGGAGGAUACUGAUGACACCGAUGACUCACCACUGUUCGGAAGUUUCUCGUCUUACUCACCGCAGUCGAGAAAAAUAUCUCAAACUAGGCCACCCAAUUUGGUGCAGGAGAGUGAGCUGGAUUCAUCGAAGAAACAAUUGUUCAAGAGUGAUACUGAGAGAAAUGCUUCCCAAUUGUCACCAAACUCAACGAAUUCGUUCUCACCACCUCUCAGGGCUCUUGAGAAGGACGGGCAGGAGAAAAGUCGAGCUUUAUUCACUGCCAAAAAUGUUACGCAUAGUGAUAAUCUUGAUAAGAGUGGAUCGGAUGUGUCUUGUAAUAGUCCAGCCUCGUUGAUGAGUGUCGAGUCGAGGGGAACUAUUAAAAAUGCUGGGGGCGAUGCGGGAAUUGUUGGAAUGAGUACGCCUGAGUCUUCACAGACUGAAUCCGAUGAUAUUAGCCCGCAGAUACAGAGGAAACGUCAUGUUCAUGCACGUGACAAGCUGCCCAGGUUCAGUAUUUCCAUUGAUGGUGAUCACACGCUGGAUUUGGCAGCAGCAAAUAGAGAAAUAGCUGACGAUAAACACAAUUCUAGUACGGACUCCUACGAGUCGUUAAAUGCAACACCAUUACCACUCCACGUUAAACAGAAGUCUCGUUCAGUCAUAAAAUCAGCAUCGACCAGUGGACUUUCGCUGGUUAUACCAACAAAUGAAUUCUCCUUCGAUCCAUCGAUGUGCCAAUCGAUAGAAUCACCAGGGGGCUCAUCGACAGCCUCUUCAAGAGAUACAUCUCCGUGUCGUGAGUUGAGUCCACUCGUUACGAGCUUAAAGCCACCGAUUAUCAUCCGAAGGGGACCCAGUGGCUUCGGGUUCACGGUUCAUACUAUCAGGGUUUAUUAUGGGGACAGUGAUUUUUAUACUAUGCAUCACUUAGUUAUGGCGGUGGAUCAAUCGAGUCCUGCAUUCGAGGCUGGUCUCAGGCCAGGUGAUUUGAUAACUCACAUAAAUGGCGAGCCAGUCCAAGGCCUUUACCACACCCAGGUGCUUCAAUUGAUGCUCAGUGGUGGUGAUCAUGUAACUCUACGCAGUACACCCCUUGAGAAUACGAGUAUCAAGACUGGUGGUCGUAAGCGUGAGCCUGCACAAAGUAGAAUGGCCAAAAGAACAUUGCACAGGCAGAGAAAGCAGAAACGCGAUCAUUCAGACAAGAAGAGAAAAACAUCACUGUUCAGGAGAAUUAGUUCGAAACGCGCAAGUGUAGAAAUGCAGCAACCAUUAAGUAUCAGUUGUCCAUUGUCAGCACCCAUUCUACCCAGCGACAGCAAACCUCCACUUAUGAUGGCAGCAGGAAUUUGUUCUCCGUCCAUGGUAACACCGAGUCGUUCAUUCCAAUCGUUCACUCGGUCGUUACCACCACAACAGGAAUCCUCGCCUUACUAUGCAAGUGGUGUUCCAAAAUCAGUCUGCACUCCGUCCCCACCGAUGACAAGCCGCCCUACCACAGACUCUUAUCACUCGACAGGCACAUCCAGUCCGUGUUCAAGUCCAAGCUCAUCGUCCCCCGGCUCAAGUACUUCUGUUGGUAACAUAAGCAAUCUCUCGAAUCAGUCGCACUAUCAGCGGCCAAGUACUCUUCACGGUCUCAAGCACAAGCUGCACACGGCUGCGAAGAAUAUACACUCGCCAAAUCGUAGGAAAUCAGUCGGCCAUAUUCCAUUGUCACCGUUGGCAAGAACUCCAAGCCCUUCACCUAUUCCGGCCAGUCCCACUAGGAGUCCAAGUCCUUUGGCUUUCCCCACGGGACAUCAACCGGGCAGCUCCAACACGACUCAGUCGUACAGUCCAGGAGUAUCUUUAUCAACUCCAGCGAGUCAAAAGAAAACAUAUGGUCGUCCAAAAUCCGCUGAGCCUGGCUCACCCCUCCUUCGUCGUGCCCUGAGCCCGGAUCGCCUUCACCCCCGCUCCGCAGAGAACAAGACUUCAAUCUCACCCCUGGCGAACAGCGUAGUCCGCGUAACGCCACGGGUCACAAUCGCCCAGACAUCUCAUCCAGAAUCAUCCGAGGAAAUCCCCCCAGAGACUGCUUCCAAAGAUCCUCACGAGUCUAAAUCUGACAGUAAAAAAUCAAUAGAGCAGAAGCCAACCGAAUACUCAAAAAUGUCACACGGUAUUUCAAUAAGCAUCCCGAGUGUGGGACACUCCAACUCCUGUGGCCCCACUCAACUACCCAGGAUUGCUGAGGAGAAGGACUCUCCCACAGGAGCAAAGGGCGAAGACUACCCAAAGGACACCGAGAAAACUCUCCGCCCUCCAGUUGAAGAAUCAAAAGGGAGUUUGACUCCAGAGAGCAGUGGCUCCUCAGACUCUACAACAGUAAUCCUCAACAAAUCCCUCCCAAAAGUCACUCCUCGUCCAGAAUCCGAGGCCCAGCCCUCAAAAAUCGAUCCAAAACUGGGCACAAAGGGCAAAAUAAUGGAUCAAAGCCCAGAGACUCGAAAAAUCCUGAAACGAUACAAAGUCGACACCCCCGAGACCCCAACAUUCUCCAAAGUUGAGAGAUCCACAUCACUCGACGACAAGAAGAAUAAAUAGUGUUUACAGCGUAUCGUCGUUGUCUCGCGCUUCUUCAACGCUCGAAAGCAGAAAUCAUUGCCCUCUGAUGUACCGAGGAAUUAAGUUGAAGCUUCUCAAGCCCUCAUGUCUUUCUCCUCCCUCUCAUAAUUAUUUGUCCUCCUCGUUUCUCCUCAUUCAAUGUAAAUAUUUUUUAAGACAAGCGGUAUAGCUCGUCAAUUGCACAGGCUGAAAGAAAUGUAAAUAAUCAUUGGCAUUGCUAUUAAUGAGAAAACCCGAAUGAAAUUAAACAGACACUGCAUUCCAAAAGAACUAAUGGAGUUACGAGCACAUUGUCGAUUUUUUCUCAAUUUAAAAAAAACUGCAAUCACUGUUGAUAAGUUAUAUUAUUACGACUGAAUGAAGCAUCAUCGUUCGCAGUAUUUUUCACGAUCUCCUUCAACUUUUCAUCAUGACUUUUUCAUUCAUUUAUUUGUUAUUGAUGAGAGGAGAAACUUUUUGAAUUUUUAGUCGGUAGCAUGGUAGGUUCUAAAUGAUCAAGGGCAGUUAUUAGCCGAGAAUACACUUUUUAAUUCAUACUAGUUCUACAACUAUUUAUUUAACUCAUGAACAAGGAGAAAUUGAACCGAUUUGUUAGGCUACCAUUUAAUAUCAUUGGAAUUAUCUCCGAUUUCAUUGGAAUUGAAAACUCUUCUCUGCACAUUUAUUUGUUUCCUCAUAGAGGGGAGAGAGUUUGUAAAUUAUUUUGAAGAAAUAAUGAGCUCAUGUUUAAAUGUACCGACGGUCACUGAGUGACAAGACGCUUGGAAAUUGACUCAUUAUCGACGACUUGAUGAUCGUUGAUGCCCAUUAGACGUUAAGGAGAUUAUGAUAAGACGUUUGAUCUAAAAUGAGUUGAAUUAAUUGAUAAAUUAAUUGGUCUUAUUGCUCACUGUCGGUGUAAGCUUUUUCGAUCGAUCAAUUCAGAAUUAAUCGAGUAUGUACACAUCGAAAUUUUUGUGGAAAGAUAAGUGUAACACGACUGCAGAUAACUAUCUUAGUGUUUUUAACUUUAGAUGUUGAUGAUUAGGGGUUUAUUUGUAGUGACUCGGCAGGCGUUAGUAUUUUUCUUUCCUUUUCAACACGUGAUACUUGAUGUAGACUGUUUCAGUUUGGGAAUUCCUCGCAGUGUUCAGGUGCGAAUUAUAAAUUAAUAUGUGAAGAAUGUUUAGCACGAUAAGCACUAGCGUAACACGAGUAUUUUUUUUGUGGAAAAUAUAACAGGAAAUAAUUCAAAAUUUCGAAGUAUAUUUCCGGAGAUUCUGUGAUUAAUUAUCCAGUUAUAUCAGAAAUGUGCGAUUUUAGUACAAUAGCAAAGUCACAUUUUUCACUUGGAAUUUCAUGUUUCUUCCGGACAUAUUUUCAUUGAUUCUGCGUCUAAUUGCGUAAUCAUCUCAGAAAUUAGUGAUACUUGAAAAACAUAAAGUCAAGAAACUUCGUCUUUUGAAAAUUAUUUCAAAAUUACCUCAUUUCCGAAAGAAUUACACAACACAGUUUAACAAAAUUCCCCAUCUUAUAGUUAUUUUAAUGCUGAUUUUAAAUUUCUUGUGAGAAAUCUUUUUAGCACGUCUAGUUUUCUAGGAAAAAAAAUGUUGAAAUGUUGAAAAAUGGCUAAAAUGAACAAUUAAAAAAAUUUCUUAACACAUGAAUUUGGACGGAGUUUUUCUAAAAAAAAAAACUAUGAAUUAAUGGAAAUACGAUUUGUUUAGUGGAUUCGAUUUCAUCCCAAUUGGUUGAGUCAAAACGAGUGAAAAAAUCGUGAAAAAGGCUCAAUUUCAUGAUUUUUCGUGUGAAAUCAAAUGAUUGGAAGUUGGUUGCACACAUUUUGACUCGACUUGAGUUAACAUGAAGUUUGAAGAUUCCUUUCUUGCAAGGUAACCGGUUAACUGCCCUUAUGAGAAGUCACCCUUCAAUGGUGGAGAGGUUUAGUUGCUGAAAUAAAGUUGAAAAAUAAAGAGAUUAACGCACAAGAUUAACACACGUGCGUAGAUAAAUUUGAGAUUGGCAUGCAUCAAAGUGUGCGCCACCAACUUCCGAUCAAUUAAUUUUACAAGAAAAAUCACGAAAUUUGGACGUUUUCCAGGUUUUUUUCACUCACUUCGACUCACUCAAUUGCAAUGAACCCAAAUGCACUAAACCAAUUGCAUUUUCAUUAAUUCAUUCUAUUUUUUCUGGAAAAAACUACGUCCAACUCCAUUUUCUUAUAAAUUCUUGAAAUUGCCCUUUUCAGCCACUUUCAAAUAUUUUUUUUCACGAAAACUAGACGUGCUAGAAAGACUUUCCAAAAAAAAUUAAAAUCAGUAUCAAAAUAUCUAUAAAAUGAGAUCAGUCUCGCCUUUAAGGUGGGCAAUAUCCGAAUUUUGUCGAACCGUGUAAUUAACAAGAAUGCCUUAUUACUCUCAUUACGUUCUGAAACUUAACAGAAUUGAAAUUAAGAUCGAUACAUUCAUAAAAUGAAAUAAAAAUGUCUUUACGGCACUUUAUUUUUCUAUGAAUGUGUGUGUGAAAGUCGACAAGCCAUUAUCGAGGAAUUUAGAAUGUAAUGAAGAAUGUAAAAAGAACUUAUUUUUUGUAGUAUUUUCUACAAAGAAAAUGCCAAUAUUAUCGUUCAUUGUUUGAAAAAAUCAUGCGUUCUCGUGGCAUUUGUUGAUAAUUAAUGUUAAUGUUGACACGUCGAUUCCUCAAUGAAAAAGGCUUCUAUAGUUAUGCCUAUGAAUUAGGAAGUUGUUUCUUCAAACGCGUUUUUUUCUUCAUUAAAGCGUUUAUUCUUUUUUAUUUCUUUCGAUGAUUGUUUAGAAACAGCAAUCAAAAGAAUUACAAGUACAAGUGAAAUCAAAUCAAUGAGAGGUAGUGUGAAUAAUGGAAAAUAGCGCUGAUAUUAUCUUUAUGCGAGAGAAUUUCUUUGAGAUAGAGUAUCGGAAAAAUAAUGAAGAGUAAAUAGUGUCACAGGAAUUUUGGGUAUUUACGUAUAUUUGGUUCAAGCCGUUUGCAUGUUCGCGUGGUAAGAUAUACGUCAACUAAGCUUAGAACAGUAGAUAAGUAUCCAUCCGCUUGAGACUCAUCCCCAUCGCGAAAAAAAUUGAUUUUUUUUUUCUACUGCACAUAAAGCUUGAGAGAUUAAUUCAGAAGUUCAAUGGUUAAAUGCAACAAGUCAUCGCCAAUUGAUGAGAAGAUAAGCUCAAAAUAGUUAACUAUUAAUUCAAAUACGGAAUUAUUUUGAUGAUGAGUCAUUUUUGACAAAAAAGUCAAAAAUAUAUUUUUUUGGUAAAAAGUUUCUCAGCUUUUUAAAACGCUUUCUUCUAAAGUAUCUCAGUAGUGAAGCAGUAAAGCGGUUCAAUCGAUUUUGACUAUUAGCCAUUUUUCAAUGAAUACCUCGGAAUCUAACGGAGAUAACAAAAUUUUUGUAAUGACCUUUUUUGUAGCCCUUGAUUCGCUCCACAAAAAAGUUUACGAAAAUUUCGUUAUCUCUGUUGGAUCCGGAGAUAUUCCAGACUUGAGCCGUUUUACCGCUUCAAUACUGAUCUUGUUUCUGAAAUGAAUGCAAACAUGUCGAGAAGAAAACAAGAAUGCUUGAAGGAUGUCGAAUUGGACUUACUGCGUUCUACCACUUGAUUGAAGAAUUAUUCUCCACUUCUUCUUUUGAAAAAUUUAUUGCAUAGGUUGUGAUAUUCAGAUUCAGUGAAACCUUCGUUCAGACACGAUUACUUUUAUUUAUCUAUCGUCAAUGAUUUUUCUUCAUUCUCAAAAGUCAAGGCAAUUAAAAACGCAGAUUAAUGAGUGAUCUCCCUUUAUAUCUCAACUCCAUGGUUCGAUUUGCUAGCAAUUCGAAGCUCUUUAGACGUUUCGAAGUUCUCCCAUUAAUCUCCUCAAAUCAGAGGAUCAAUAUUCUCGAAAUAAUUAUUUUUCUCGUCAAUCUAUGAAAGUGGAAAUUAUUUCUCUACAUUUGAUAUAUUUUUUUGUGCUAGUUAUUAUAAAGACAGGUACAUGAAUAUUGUGAAUUAUCAGAGAAUAAUUUUAGCGAUUAAAAUGUUGAGAUGAUUAUUUAAAAAAAAUUUUUUUUCUUCGAUAUUUGAUGAAUUACUGUAUGAAAAUGAUUAUAAUGGAAUGUCACUGAGUGGAAAGCAACGUGUGAGUGAAGAGGAUAAUUAAAUCAUGAUGAGAAUGUUUUGGGUUGAUAUAUGAUGAAUAAUUUCUUCAUUUUAUAUUAUUUGAAAUAAAAAUGGUAAAAUGAAAGAAUAGAGAAAUGUCUCACCAACUUUGUACGAUACUUAAGUCACGCUAUAAAAGUCAAUGUCUGAAUGUUUGAUAGCAAAGCAAA